GAUUCCCGGGUCCUCUUUGACAUGAUGCUUGCAAAAUUCUAAAGGCAGAGGAAUUUUCCCUUUAAUCUUCCCCAGCCACGCAGGUACCAGCUGUUAUCUCCCCUGAAGAUACCGAGUUUCGUGCGCGCCGAGUGUCGAUCAGCUUAGCUCACUUCGGCUCCAUCCGACGGCUGCAAUGUCGCCAAAGAAACGUGCAUAUGUACCAAAGACGAAGGGUUGUCAUGAGUGCUCUAAACGACGUAUUCAUUGUGAUAGGAAUGAACCAAGUUGUAAUAAGUGUACUUCCAGAGGCCUGAGUUGCAGUGGCCUGGGUAUUCGACAUCGGUUCAACAAGGGUGUUGCCGCGAGAGGGAAGUGGGCUGGCAAGACUAUCGACAAGGUUUAUGAAGAGAAUGAAUGGAGAGUCUCUUCAGUUGACAAGGACGCAUCUACUUCAUCGGUAUCAAGCUCGGCCGCAGAUACAAACCCGGGAAGCACGGAUACUCAUGAUGACGACAAUAAUCAAAUGCAAGAUGAUGAUAUUGAGUUCAUCUCAUCAGACCCUGAGAUCUAUGACCUCGUGUUAGCGAACUCUCAGGCAAUUGAGGAUCGGGAAGUCUUCAUGACCCUUUUCUUGCAAGGAGUUCCAGAGAACAUGCCAGCGUGGAAGAGGAAUCUUUUCAUGACUUUCUCGCGAUGCAUAUCAACGGAGAUGGUAGCCAUAGACGGCUUUCACAACGACUGGCGCCACCUCCUUCUUCCGCUCGCUCAGCAAGACGAGCUCGUCAUGGAUGCCGUCCUCACCGUCUCAGCCUUUCACUUCCACAUCAACAAACUCGAUAAUAAUUUCAAGAAGAACCAGAAGCAGUACUCUGCUUUCGGAACCAACACGUAUGACACUUACGUUCCCGAUCCAUAUCAACUUCUGGGUCGAACGCUUCAAGGUCUACGACAACGCCAAGAGCUCAUGUGCAAUAAGCAAACAACACAGCACUCUGUGCUAAUCAGCCUUUUGCUACUAAUGACAUCUGUGCUCGUCACUGGAGGCUCAGACUUUCCUGUUCUCCUGCGAAUGCUUGAGUCAGCGCUGGACGCUAUCGGCGGGAAGGAGGGGCUUGGUACGGGCAUCUUGGCUGGCUUUAUCAUGCGUGAGCUUCACAAGAUCCGAGUAUAUGCUGCUCCGCAUCUUGGUGAAGAAACAGGUCUGCAGAUGAUCUCUUCCCAAGCUCGAACCGACCAACUCUUCGGCUGUCUCAACCACUGCCUCCAACUCUACCCAGAACACACACCACUCUUCUCCCAAGUCGCAAGUCUCGUCUACCAAGCUCGAGAUAUCUAUCUUCAACAAGUCCUCUCCGACCAUACCUCCAACUUCUUCGACCUUGAUCCCAUACCCACCAAUCCCGACUCGGUAGCACGCGUGCAGCGCUUCAUCGAAGCACUCGAACAAUUUCCAGAAACUUCCCCCGUGGCACACAUGUUGAUCUGGACGACAUUUGUGGCAGCGUCGGAUGCGCAGCUUGAAGAGCAUAAGGUGUAUUUUGAGAAUAUUUUGCGAAGACAUCAUGCGAGAAGUGGGUUUGGAAACUUGUUGAAGGGUAUUGAGGCGUUGAAGAGGAUGUGGAGUAGAAAGCCUGGAGAGAGAUGGACGACUCUCUUACCGCAGACAAAGGUUCUUGUUGCAUGAUGUUAGAACUUCAGGUCAAGAUCACGAAAAAUGGCGAUUGGAAGAUUUAGUUUUUGAUAAUACCCUAAUUUCGGUUUCCUUAGUCUGAUCUAAUUUGAAUUAUAGUUGCUAAGAUGCCAAAAGUGAAUGCUUGUAAUUAUCAAUGACUCUGUGAAUCGCCUCGAAUGACCGAAUUUUAUGUGUUGUAAAACCGAAGCUCACAUAACUGGUCGAUUCCCACCAAACCACUAAUAUCUUCAUCAAAAGUCCUCCACUCGAUAAACCUGAUACGGACACUCUUCAUAUGGAUGCGCCCUAUAAAAUCAGUCAUAGUUUACCUUGCGAACAACGGAAACUCACUCUUUCAAUGCCGCAACAGCCUUCCGUACUGUCUCCUCCCCAACAAUCAACGUCUCAACCCUAACCUCCGGCGUCUCCUCCAACUCCCCAACUUUCCCAAUAGCCGGAUUCGCCGCAUCUCCCGGCCUAAACUGUCCAAUCCCCGACGUCUGCCACGCGCACUCAGUGUACCCGCCAGGGCCGGGAUAGCGGCCCGCGCCGGUUUUGAAGAUGGCGGCUUUGCAUGCGGAGGCGUUGGCGGGUGGGACGUAGAAGACGAGGCUGAAACGGCGUAGUGAUGCCAUGGUGUUGCGAGAAGAUCCGGGACCGGGAGAGGAAAUUCGCUUCUGGUGAUGGUUCGAGAAUGUUUGGUGAGUGACCAAUCAGUGGGGCUGGGUUGAAGAUAAUGUGCAUCAUGUGACGUUGUGAAACGGAAAAUAAUCUCGCAGCCUGAUCUGAUGUCUGCAUCUCGGACAACGCCGAUGCGAU